AGGUUGGAUGGGGUUUGGAGCAGCCUGGCAUAGUGGAAGGUGUCCCUGCUGGCAAAGGCACAGUAUGGGAUCAGGGAAAAACAAGCACAAGAGUUCCCAGGACUGAGGAGGAGCAGGAGCUCUGGUGAAGGGCUGGAAGGGGGUUCACAGCACUCUGGUCUCUAACAGCUUUCAUUGCAUCAUCAAGGGGAUUGGCAGUAAUUAGGGUGGGCUCUAAGUGCUGAUAACCUGGCUGCAAGCAGCUGAUUGCUGUCCUUGCCUUGGGCUGUGUGAGCCUGCAUUGCAAUGAUAGAAACGGGAGUCCAUGGGCCAGGGGUGCACCCAUGAGCCCAGGGGAGGUUUUGGCAAUGAUUCUGGAGCUCUUCCCAGAAUGGGAGUUGUUUCUGACAAGCAGCCAGAUACAGCAACAGUACUGUUGGCAUUGCUGUGCCACCAGCACCAGCAUCAUCCCUCUGCUCCUGGAGGGACAAAGACCCCUCAGGGAAGAGAAACAAGGAAUGGUAUAAACUUGUCAGGAGAUGGAAGGCAGUUGGAGAAUGGGACACUGAUAAGGGAAUGUUCUAAUCAGAAGGAGUGAGGAGCCAUUUGGAAAAUUCUUCAUGGAGACCUUUAGACAAAAGCCAAUUCUUUUGUGACAAAGAAAAAAAAUUCCAUAUAAAGAACUCGGAAGGAAUGGAGCUCUGACGUAGCCACAGUUGUAGAAGUGCUGCUGAUCUGCACAGACCCCCUUUGCCUGCUGCUGCCCCACAGUGAACAGGGAGCUGCUGAGGAGCUGUGUGAUCCAUCCCGGGAUUCUCCAAGCACUGACUGCCAUCCACUCUGACCACAGCCAGGGACCACAUCCCACUGCCUGCCCAGUGUCCAUCCAUGGAGGUGACCACCGUGUCCCCAUCUCCUGUCUCACCCACUGGAGAUGAUCUCUGUGAGACAGAUGUCACCAACGUGGCCAUAGAUGGUGUCUUGCUGCUCGUCUGCCUCUGUGGGCUGGCUGGGAAUGGGGCUGUCAUCUGGCUCCAGCAAAGGAACUCCAUCUCACUCUACAUCUUUGACCUGGCCUUCGUCGACUUCCUCUUCCUCCUCCUCAUGGUCCCCUCCACUCUGCUCUACCUGCUGGAGACCAUGUCCUGCUCCAUCAUCUUUCCUCUGACUUACCUGAGGAUACUUUUCCUGCUGUCACUGCUCCCCUACAGCCUGGGGCUGUACCUGCUGACAGCAGUCAGCAUCGAGAGGUGCACGUCCAUCCUCUGCCCGCUCUGGUACAACAGGCACUGUACCCAGCAACUUUUGGAGGUGGUGAACGCCGUCUUAUGGGCUCUGUCCGUCGGUUUCAUUGUCACGGUUUCUUCUCUGUGCCUCUGCCAGGAGAACGAGCACUGCCAGGCGUCUCUCAUCUCCAUGUAUGCCUUCAACCUCUUCCUCUUUGCCCCAGCCAUGAUCAUUUCCAGCACAAUCCUCUUCAUUAAGAUCAAGUCUGGCCCCCAGCACCAGCAACCUAAGAGACUCGACAUUGUUAUCCUCCUCACUGUGCUUAUUGUCCUACUCUUUGCUGUCCCCCUCAGCCUCUGCAAUUUCCUGCAGGAGCUCGACUACAUCACUGUGUCCUUCCAAGUUGUUUUACUGCUCAUCUGCAUCCACAGCAGCAUCAAACCUUUAAUCUACUUCCUGGUGGGGAGUUGGAGGAGGGACUGCUCUAUGGGGAGCUGCUGGAAACAAUGCUCCAUUCAGUCCCUAAGGAAAGCCCUCCAGAGGGUGUUUGGGGAGGUAAAAGAAAACCCUGCCAGCAGCGAUGGUGCUGCUCUGGACACUGGGGUAUGAGCCUGUUGAUCCCUUCCCCUGCUCUGCUCUACGACCCCGGGACGGUGCCUGAGGGUUUCCUUGAGUCACCUGAGCUGGGAACUCUCCCAUUUGCUCCACUCAGAGGAUCCUUGAAGCCUGACAACUCCUGGGCCAAUUGCCUCACUCCUCGAGGCUCAGCUCUUCUCCUGGUGAGGAGCUGCAAACACAUCCAGAGUGAGCAUUUCACUGCCUUUCAGGGGAAUUUUUCACAGGGACCUUGCAGUGACUGUUUGUCUGCGUCCACACACGUGUCAUAUUUCCUGUUUCAUUGACUGGAUUUGCUUUGUAAAGAUUUUUUCCCUCGCUGUGCCUGUCCGGUCAGUGCUGGAGUGAACCUGGCCACUGAACUCCGUUGUGUUGACGCUUAAUAUUAAAUGUGGUUUUUACUGA